AUGGCCACUAAGCUCUCUAAGCUCAUCUCCAUUUUCUUCAUCCUCCUCUCUUUCUCAACAACACAAGUCCUUUCAGUCGUCUCAGAAGAAUGCGAAGCAGACUCAGAAGACUCAUGUAACAAUAAAUCGAAGGCAUUGCCCCUAAAAAUCAUAGCCAUUGUUUCCAUCCUUGUCACUAGCAUGAUAGGAGUCUGCUUGCCCCUUGUUACACGUUCAGUUCCAGCUCUAAGCCCUGAUAAAAGCUUAUUUGUGAUCGUAAAAUCUUUCGCGGCUGGAAUUAUUCUUGCAACUGGAUUCAUGCAUGUUUUGCCUGAUUCAUUCGACAUGUUAAGUUCCAGCUGCUUGAAAGAAAAUCCGUGGCACAAAUUUCCCUUUUCCGGAUUUGUUGCAAUGCUUUCUGCUAUUCUAACUCUUAUGGUGGAUUCAUUGGCUACUAGUUUCUAUAGUAAGCAAAAUAAAGGUGGAAUUGUGAUUCCUGAGGGUGCUGCUGCUGCUGCUGCUCAAGGAGACCAAGAGAUGGCCGUGGGGAAUCUCCAUGGCCACCACCAUGGAUCUAUUAGUAUGAAAGAUGGAGUUGAAGGAGCUCAGCUUCUGCGUUAUAGAGUGAUUGCCAUGGUUUUAGAGCUCGGAAUCAUAGUUCAUUCUAUUGUGAUUGGUAUUUCUCUUGGAGCCUCCAACAACACUUGCUCAAUAAAAGGACUAGUGGCAGCCCUUUGCUUUCAUCAAAUGUUUGAAGGCAUGGGACUUGGUGGCUGUAUUCUGCAGGCUGAAUAUAAGCUUCUGAAGAAGGCCGUGAUGGCAUUCUUUUUCUCUGUAACGACUCCAUUCGGAAUUGCACUAGGAAUAGGUCUAGCAAGCACCUACAAAGAAAACAGCCCCCGUGCAUUAAUCACAGUGGGGCUGCUGAAUGCCUCGUCUGCUGGGCUUUUGAUAUAUAUGGCAUUGGUGGAUUUGUUGGCAUCAGAUUUCAUGGGCCCAAAGCUGCAAGGCAGCGUCAAGCUACAGGUCAAGUCCUACAUGGCUGUGCUUUUCUCUCAUGGCUAA